AUGAUUUUCAUCUUACUUUCAAUCGCACUACAUUUAUCAGAUGGAGCUAAUAUAUUGAUUCACAAUCCAACAAUCGGACAAAGCCAUAUCCGAUUUUUGGGUAACAUGGCUGAUACAUUAUCAAGAGCCGGUCAUAACGUGACUGUACUCUCUGUGGAAAUCGAUCCUCUUCUACAUCCGUUUGGUACACAAGAAAGAAAUGUUCAUAAAAUUCAUGUACCCGUCAACACAGAUCCUGAGUUAUACAGGGAAAUACACACAAAUAUUCAAAAUGUAUGGUCAGAUAAAGAAAUAAAACCGUUCCAGCUUAAAGAGUUCGAACUGUUUUUCGAUUCUCUUAUGGAUGCUUACAAAGUAAUUUUGAACAAUGGCACUCUUAUGGAUUCAUUGAAAAAUUCUAAAUUCGACGUUGCUAUUCAUGAGUACUACGAAAUUGGAUCAGUUGCACUAAUGGAGGCGUUUGGGAUAUCAAAAACUAUUCUGGCUUCAGCUAUAGGAGAUGUUGCUCCUUAUACUUACGAUAUCACUGGAAUCCCAACGUUUACUUCGUUCGUUCCGAUCUGGGCUACUAUUUAUGAUGAUCAAAUGGGCUUCUGGGAAAGAGUGGAUAACAUGGAGAAAACGUAUGAGCUGAGACGAUUUUCUGUUAAGAUGGAGGCCAAAGUGCAGGAAGUAUUUGAACAAUAUAUUCCAAAGAACACAGAUAUAAGAACACUCUUCUUAAAAAAGUCCGGGAUGAUAUUAGCUAAUGUAAAUGAGUUUACUCAGACUCCGCGACCAAUAUCCAGUAUGAUUCAGUUUGUAGGUGGUGGUCAUUUAUAUCCAACGAAGCCACUAAAAAAGGAACUCAGCGAUUUAUUGAAUGAAAGAAAGUAUAACGUUCUUUUCUCUUUAGGAACUUUUGUUAGAAUUUGCGAGUCGCCUAUACAAAUCAAGAAGCUUUUUGCCGAAGCAUUCUCUAGUUUAAAAGAUGUAACGUUCAUCGUCAAGUAUGAGAACUGCACAAGUAAUUCCUUCGACUUCAAUUCUUACGAGAAUAUAGUUGCUAAAACAUGGCUUCCUCAGACAGAUCUUCUUGGAGAUGAUAGAAUACACUUGUUCAUUACCCAUGGCGUUAAAGUUGGCUCCACUUUAAUGAUUGAUAGAAGGUUCAUCUCAAAAGAACAUCUCGCCGAUAGCAUAAGAAGUUUAUUAGAUUCUCAAAAGUACUUGUUUCUAGUGAAAUAG